ACUGGUAGAACAAGAAAAGCACACUAAUUUAGGGACAGCAGAUUUUUUUUCAUAAUAAAUGUACAUCUAACACUAUACAGUGAUACGGUUAACCAAAUAUUAAAAAGUAGUAAUAACAGUGUCUCAAUUGGUGGUGCUUAAUUUCCUAUUAAUGUUUGUUUCUCUUCUACACUAGCCUUUCUUAACUCUCCCCAAUUCCAUGGCCAAUUCAAGUAAUCAUAUUCCGCUUCUCUCCCAACCCCAUUAUGAUGACGAUUCAUCCCAAUCUCCCCACAUACAAACCCCAUCACUGGACUCAAUCAUUGAAAACUCCAUUGGAAACAUCAGCUGGGCUCAAUCUCUCCAACCCAUCCUUGUCUCCCUUGCAUGGUUCUUUGAUGCUCAACAGACAUUCAUUUCCAUCUUUGCAGACGAUCAACCCUCUUCCAACUGCAACAACAUCUCAUCAUCAUCCUCAGAUUAUUCAUGGCCUUGGAAUUUGCCUCAACACACAUCUACCAUAUCCGAAUGGGGUUUACAGUGCGCUGGAUCCAUCCUCACCAGCUUGCCCGAGUCAGCCUUCUUCACCGGCUGCCUUAUUGGCGGGUUCGUCCUUGCCACUAUCGCAGACUCGUGGCUUGGCCGAAAGAAAAUGCUUUGCUUCACCUGUCUAGCCAUGGCUAUCUCCACUCUCCUCACUGCUUUCGCAAAUAACUUGUGGACUUACUCAGCUUUGCGGCUUAUCUGUGGCUUCAGCCGCUCCACGAUCAGCACGUCGGCUCUUGUCCUGUCAACCGAGCUAGUCGGGAAACAAUGGCGGGGCCAAGUGGGUGUCAUAGGUUACUUCUGCUACACCUUAGGAUUUCUCUCUUUACCCGCCAUUGCUUACGUAAACAUUGGCUCUACAUGGAGAAAUCUCUACCUAUAUACAUCUAUUCCCACAAUAGCAUACUCCAUAAUUGUUUACUUCUUUGUUUUCGAGUCUCCAAGAUGGCUAUUCAUCAAAGGCGAAAUAGAAGAAGGUAUUGAUAUCCUUAAAAAAAUGGCUAAUAAAGCAAACUACGAAAGUACCAUAAGCAUUUCGUACUUAUCAUUUGAGGAAGAAAAAUGGAAUGUAAAUCUAUACUCAUCAAUCAAAAUCUUGAUAAAGAAAAAAUGGGCUUUACAACGAUUAUCAACAAUUAUGGCAAUAGGAUUCGGCGUGGGAUUGGUUUACUAUGGUAUGCCUUUAGCACUUGGAAACUUAGCAUUUAAUAAUCUCUACUUAAGUGUCACUUUAAAUGCCUUAUCAGAGUUCCCUGCUUCACUUAUUGCAUUCUUUUUCAUAGCAAAUCUAAAUCGCCGAACCCCAAUUUUGGUGUUUUGUAUCAUUAGUGGGAUUUGUAGUAUAAUGUCAGUAGUGAAAGAAGUAAAGAGGUAUACGAAGACAUUACAAAUUGGAGUUGAAUUGGUGUCGUUUUUUAGUGCUUGUUCUGCAUUCAAUAUUUUGCUGAUUUACACAAUUGAGUUGUUCCCUACUUGUGUCCGAAACUCGGCGGUUUCGAUGGUUAGACAAGCGAUCGUGGUCGGCGGUGUGUUUAGUCCGGUGCUGGCUGCCGCCGGGAGAGGAGAUGGGUUUGUGUCGUAUGGAGUGUUUGGAGUAGUGAUAAUGUGUUUUGGAUUGUUUGUGCUUUAUCUUCCGGAGACUAAAGGUAGAACCAUUUGUGAUACAAUGGAUGAAGAAGAGUAUAAAUUGUCAAACACUUGUACCUAGUGAGCAGAUUUUAUAUAUUGUAUAACAUGUUAAAAAUUGAUGUAAAUUUAUAUUUUAGUAUUAAAUAUAAUAUAAAAUAAAAAAAUAAUAAAAAUAUUGAGUUGAAUAAUUAAAAUACUAAAUACAUAUACUUUUUUUUAGUAAUUUUUUUUUUCAGAAACGAUUGCCUCACCUC